GAUAGGUAGCAAUAGCAUUGGUGAUUAGUGGCAUGCAAAUAUGGAUAAAUGGGAUCUUGAACUCGGUCUUGCUCUCCCAAGCAAUUCACCUUGUGCAGGCUCUAAUGAUGAUAUGGAGGAGGAAGAGGAAGAAGAAGAGGAAGGGGAGAAGGUUACACAUCCCACUCUGUGUCUCCUUCCGUUAACCCCUGGCCACUCAUGGAGGAAGAAACGGCAUAGGAUGUAUGUGAAGGUGAAGAUGGAAGGUGUAGGGAUUGCAAGAAAGGUUGAUCUCACCAUGCACCAUUCAUUUCACACCCUUAACCAUGCCUUGCUCCACAUGUUUGGAAAACCCCCUCAUCAAUUCUCAAACUCCUAUCGCCUCCUUUUUCAGGACCAACAAGGCCAUUGGCUUCUCGCCAAAGAUGUCCCAUGGAGAACUUUCCUUCACUCUGCGCAGCGUCUCAAACUGCUCCGAACCACCACUACCAUCCUAUAACUAAUAGUUAAGAAUGGUUAGAUAAUUUAAUAUGUUUGACUAAAUUAUUAUGAAACGAUUUUCAAUUAUUAAUUUCCUAAGAAGACAACGGACUGAAUUUUCAUAUUAUCAAUUGUGUCUUUUCCUUUUUUUUUUUUUUAAUUUUAAAAUGACUAGUUGAUUAAUUUAUAUGAUAUAAUUAUAAUC